UCCCGAGACAGAGAGACAGAGAGAAACAGAGGGAGGGAGAGAGCUCGCCGCGAAAUGGGUCCGGCGAGAUCGCCUGCGGCGGCGGCGGCGGCGGCGGUGGUGGUGGUGGUGCUCGUUCUGGCGUCGGUGGCGGCCGCGGACAACAUGGUGCUGAAGGUGCACCACAGGUUCGAGGGACGCCGGGAGAGGCUGGGCGACAUGAGGUCGCACGACGCCCGCCGCCACGGCCGGCUCCUCUCCGCCGUCGAUCUCCCCCUGGGUGGCAAGGGCGCCCCCACCGAUACUGGCCUCUACUUUGCGAAAAUUGGAAUUGGGACUCCCUCCAAGGAUUAUUAUGUGCAAGUUGACACGGGAAGCGACAUCUUUUGGGUUAACUGCAUUGGCUGCGACAAGUGUCCCAAGAAGAGCGAUCUCGGGGUGGAUUUGACUCUUUAUGAUCCAAAAGGCUCAAGUACAGCAGACCUGGUCACUUGUGAUCAAGAUUUUUGCACUUCCACGUACCAUACCCUCCUUCCUGGUUGCAAGCCUGACAUGCUUUGCGAAUAUAAACUUUCUUAUGGAGAUGGAAGCACAACUUCAGGAUACUUUGUUGAGGAUAAUGUACAAUUAGAUCAAGUGACUGGGAAUCUUCGAGCAUCAUCCUCGAAUUCGAGUGUGAUAUUUGGGUGUGCAGCUCAGCAAUCUGGAGGGCUGGGCACAUCAUCUGCAGCUCUUGAUGGUAUUCUUGGUUUUGGACAAGCAAACUCAUCCAUGCUUUCUCAGCUUGCUUCAUCUGGAAAGGUGAAAAAGGUUUUUGCACACUGCUUGGAUAGUGUAAAUGGUGGUGGAAUAUUUGCUAUCGGGGAAGUGGUGCAGCCAAGAGUCAAUACUACUCCAUUGGUACCUGAUCAGGCACAUUACAAUGUUGUCAUGAAGGCUGUUGAGGUGGGUGGUGAUUAUCUAGAACUUCCAACAGAUAUAUUCAGCUCUGGAGAUGGGAAAGAAGCAAUAAUUGACAGUGGCACAACAUUGACCUAUCUUCCGAGUGACGUGUAUAACCCACUUAUGGAAAAGAUUAUGGCUCAGCAGCCUGGACUGGAACUACAUACUGUUGAGGAACAAUUUAGUUGUUUCCAGUUUGUUGGAAGUGUUGACGAUGGAUUUCCGGUGGUAAAGUUUCACUUCAACGGGUCACUUGCUCUAGCGGUUUAUCCUCACGAUUACUUAUUUCAAUAUCGUGAUAAUAUCUGGUGCGUUGGUUUUAUGAGCGGUGAGAUGCAAUCUAAGGAUGGGAAAGAUAUCACCCUAUUGGGAGAUUUGGUGCUCUCCAAUAAGCUGGUAUUGUAUGAUCUUGAGAACCAGACGAUUGGUUGGGUUGACUACAAUUGUUCCUCGAACAUCACAGUGAAAGAUGAAGAGUCUGGAGCAACUUACGCUGUUGGGGCUCAUGACAUAGGUUCUAGUUCCAAACUUGUCAGCCUAAGAAUAUCAGCAGUCUUGCCAUUGCUAGUCGGGGUGCUGUACACUUUCAUGUUGUAGCAUGAUUUGAACCUGUUCAACAUGGCCGAGAGUAAGAUAAAAAAAAACCAAGAAGCCUUGUGCAGCAUUCAUUCCUUUCCUUUCUUUUGUCGAGCGCAUAUUUUAAUUGAUGUUGGCGGGAUUGGUAUGAUUCAUUUAAUAACAUAAAGAAUUAAUGUGCUACUUAAGUGCAACUAAUUCUGCAGCGCAAUUACACCAAA